AUGGAGGAACCGUGGACCGAAGCACAGUACGAAGCAGCCCUCGCACAACUGGAAGCCCUCACCGACAAGCUAACCGCACUACGAACCACGAUCCCAAACAUAAUCUCACCACUCACACGCCCCGCAACCACAAAACCCGCCGCCUUUGCUGGACUGAAGAAAGCCGCUAUCGGAGCCGUCACUGGAGUCCAGGAUCUCAGAAGGGAAUGGGAGAGUGAUGGCAUGCAGGAUAUGUUGAAGAGGACAAAAGAGAGUUAUGAGAAAGAUCCUAAUCUGAAACCUGCUGCUGAGGUUCCGGCCUGGGGGUGGGUGAAGGAGGGAGAAGAGAAAGAUGAUGGGAAGUUGCAAGGACAACAAGUUGAGGUUAAGAAGGAGGAUGGUGUUGCUGGUUGA